AUGAACGAGAUAAUGCUUCGGCGGCUACUGCCAAUGAUUGAUGAUAUGGGCAAUGAUGAGACUGUUGAUUUAACAGCUGGCUUCGACAUGCCGUUACCAUUAUCACCACAGAUGCUACAUACGGCAGGUCGAACCCUUUCAAGAAUCCACAUAUUGAAGACAUAUUCUGUAUCACUCAUAUAUCAGAACAGGGAAUUUGAACGCAAUGUGGCACUACUUCUGGUCGAUAUUGUGCCAUGGCUCAUUGCUCCCAAGGCCUGGAAGGCAUGCAAAGAUCUAUGCGCUGCGUUCAAAGAUUACUUCGAUCGUGGAGGUCAUGAAGACGGGUCGGAACUGCUAGCCAUGCGAUACAGAUCAUUUUCGGGGCUGGACUUACUCACGAGGAAAUAG